GCCCGCCUUGACCACCGGGACCCAUUGCUCCUCCGUCACCGGGCGCCCCCUCCACCCGUCCAGUCGUCCACUUGUUCGUUCAUCGAUUCCCACAUCAGCCUUUCCCGGCUUGUCUGUCAGUCUGUCAGUCUGUCAGUGCGUCGGUCCAUGGGUGUGUCUCCAUCCGGCCGGCCUCGCCGUCCUCGCCGUUCUCGCCGUUCUCCAGACUUGACGUUAUUAUGUCAUUUCGCGCAGAGGUCAUGUCCGGACGGCCUGACUGGCAGACGCGACCGAGUUCAGCCGUUUCGCCCGUCGGGCCAGGUCAACAGAGCGCAUCUCGCCCGUCAGUUGGCCGGCCCGCUCCCCUCUACUCUCCUCCGCUCCCCUCCACUCCCCUCCACUCCGCUUUGCUCCCGGGCCAGGCCGGCCCGGGCAGUGCUCAAGAGGCGGCUUCGUCCCGCGCGAAACCAAAUCGUUCGAUCUCCACCAGAUCGGCCCAUUGACCUCGCCCCAAAACUCUUUGUCACUGCCACACUACUCUUCGUCUCAGUCUCUCUCUCCCCCUCUCCCUUUCACUCUGUCUGUCUGUGUGUUUAGCGUAGACUCUUUCUCUCUCCCUCCCUUCCUCCCUCAUUCCUCGAGAUCAUCGUUGCCUCAGUCCCGACUACUGAUUUCGCCUCGCUGGCCGUGUCUCUUUCUCUUAGACCCGCUCCUCUCAUAAUCGCUCUGAUACCUGACCCGUUAGGUUUUAAUCACCGCUUCACCCCACCCCCACCCCCCUUACCCCUCCUCUCCGACGACAUCCAACCCUUCUCUGCCUACCUCGCGGUCAAACCAUCUUUUCUCGAUUUCUUUUCCCGCAACAAGCCUGUCAGCCUGGCCGAGUCGUGUCUCUUCUCUAAGCCCCAUUUUCGUCUGCCUUCCCAUCCAGACAACCUUGAUGACAUAACUCUCAAUUGUGCAGCUCUUUACACCCCCGGCCGUGACUGCUGGUUCUGCCUCCCACAGGCCCUAACGACUUCUUUCAACUUUGCUAAUUUUCAACCAGAGGCCUUUUACUCACUUCUCCUGUCCAUUCAGUCAGAGGUUUGGCCUGACCUUUGGCGCUUUCGCCUGCUUGCGUCUCUGCUCGCCUCGGCCCCCUGCCCACCUCGUGCCCAGCAGUAA